GCUCAGAGAGCCUCAGUUCGUCGAGAGACACGAUGUCCAAUGGAGGCGAGUUUCCCGCCGUGUUGGAAUUGAAUGUCGGCGGAGUCGCUUACACUACGACAUUAAAAUCACUCACAAACCAUCCCGAGUCUCUUCUCUAUGCUAUCUUCACAGGGCGAGAACCGAUUCUAAAAGAUGCUAAAAAUCGUUAUUUUUUAGAUCGUGACGGAGUGUUAUUUCGAUAUGUGCUUGAUUUUUUGAGAGAUGGGAACGUAGUGCUGCCCGAUUGCUUCAGAGAAAGGGAAAGAUUGAAAACUGAAGCUGAAAAAUAUAUGUUGCACGGACUGGUCGAGGCAAUUGCUAACGAGAGUAAAAACAGACCAACAGGGGCUAUUACCGUUGGGUAUAGAGGCAGCUUCCAAUUUGGAAAAGAUGGUCUAGCUGAUGUUAAAUUCAGAAAAUUGUCUAGGAUUCUGAUUUGUGGAAAGGUCGAUCUUUGCAGAAGUGUUUUUGGUGAAACUCUGAACGAAAGUCGUGAUCCAGAUCAUGGGCAAUCAGAGAGAUACACUUCACGAUUCUUCCUUAAACAUUCUUUCUUGGAACAAGCAUUCGAUAUGCUGAUAGAGCAAGGAUUCAAAUUGGCAGGAAGCUGUGGUUCAGGUACCGCAGGAGGUGCUACUACUGACCUUAAACCAGGAGUCGAUGCGGAAGAAAACCGCUGGAAUCAUUACAAUGAAUUUGUAUUUGUUCGAGAAUAGUAUAAGAAUUAUUCAAAAUAGGCUGUGGAAAAUUUUAUCUUAAUAUCGAAAAAGAAUAAAUGCAGUUCAUCGAAACUCAACAAUUUAACAUAUAAAAAAUUUCUCAACCUAAUAUUUUACUUCCAUAUAUAAAUAUGUGUGAUCAUCGUGAAUUAUCUUUUUACGGAUUAUAAUUAGUGGUUUAGUGGUGUAGAAAACAGUUCAAAAAAGUAUAGAAAAUAUUAAAAUAAUAUCUCCUUACAUCGAUUAAUAUAUAUGCAUAUAAUUUUUUUCUACUUUUUACUUCUUAAGCCUUUUUUAAGUGUUUUUCGUGAUAAUUUGUUUUGAUUUUAGGUCUCUUUCCUAUUAAAAUCAGUUUUCAUAGAAACGAGACUUAUAAUUAAGACAAAUUAUGACGAAAUGUAUGCACCAGAUAUUACAAAAUGUGAAGAAGAGGAUUACGAAGCAUUUUGAGCUUCGGGGUGGGUAAUAAUAAAUUGCAGAACAAAAAAAUAUAUAAAGCAAAGCUUUAAGAAGUCUGCACUUUUUAGUGAAGUGUUUAACUAAUUUACAUUAAAGUAAAAUCAAUGUAUCUUCUGCGAUGGAGUAUCGCAAGAAUGCUUCAAAAAUACUUAUAAAAUCAUAGUUGCAAACUGCGUCGCUUGAGUUUUGAAAAUGAAACUACAAACUGAGUUAUCUGUGUGUGCUUUGCACUCAAACGAGCGCGGCUCAAAGCUGUGAGGCUUGCCUAAUGACAUCAAAGGAUUCAAACCAAAGCACCUGAUGGACUGCACAAAGGUCAUCGGUUUUUGAUAACGUCAAGUGAGGCACGACGGGUCUAUCUGGUCUAUGGGUUCAACGGUCGCCCACUUUUCGUUAAGAUAUUCUAAGAUGUGGAAAAUGAGUUCCAUCUUUAAAAUUAGUGCUGAGGGUGGAUUUUCCAAAGAAUAACUUGUUUAAAAAAUUGAAAUUUUGAAAUAUUUAUUUACGGGAAGCACGCAUUGUACAUACGAAGUCUGGCUAUUAAAUAACAAGACUGGUUAUGAAAAAGGAUUAUAUUAUGAAAAUUCGAAUGCUCCUCCUUAAUAUAGUCCCCUCCCCCCGCAACACACCUUUCCAUACGUUUUUUCCAUUGAUCGAAGCAGUGCUGGAAGUCUUCUUUGGUGAGUGCCUUUAGGAGCUCUACCUUUUUUUGCUUUACCGCUUCCAUCGACACAAAUCGGGUCCCUUUCAAAGCAGAUCUUUUUCUUUCAAGGAAAUCUGACGCAAGAGCUUUUUGGCACCAAAUUUGCACAGACUUUUGUCAUGUGUAAUUCCUCGUGUAAAAUUUUUCUAACCGUUUUUAUCGGCGCUCACAGCCUCGGCAAUCAUCCGGAUGCUCAUUAGCCGAUCUGCACGCGCAAAUUGGUUGAUUUUGGUCACUGUUUCCAGAUUUGAAACAGUCCUGGGUACUGGUCAUCUUAAGUGCUGUCUCGGCCUUCACUAAAGCUGUUAUACCACUCAAAAACACGCGCACGAGAAAGAAAAUUAUCCCUAUAGGCCUUCUGCAACAAUUUAUACCAUUCAGUCGGAGUUUUUUUUUUUCAAUUUAACGAGAAAUUUGAGAUUGACAAGUUAUCUAGAUACCCCACUCGUCUAGGGCGCCCCUUAGACUCUCAGUCUCGUUAUUUAGUAGCCAGACGUACGUAAUUCCAAAUUUUUAUACAAAUCGAUGUUGUCCGAAAAAAUUGGGAAGUUAUACCUUAUUAUUUUUACCGUGGGUAUGUAUAUAUUAUAAACGUGACAGUUCAUUAUCAAACAUUUUUCGAAAUUAUCCAAAUUUCAAAAUGAAAGAAGUUAUUUGCAAUAUAUGUAAAUUAAGAAAAUAUAGUUCAAAUAAUAAAUAAUGCUUCUAAAAUGCUUAGUUGUCUAGAUUUAGAGCCAUAGUGAAUGUUUUCUUUAUUGAAACUAGUCUCGCACAUAAAAACAUAACAAUUAUUGAAAUAAUUAUGUAUAUAUAAAGUCGUACAAAUUUUUUAGUAGUUUUCAUAUUAGAUUAUUCGACGAAUUGCAAUGUAUAAACUAAUUUGGAGGAAUUGAAUUUCGAUAUAUUUUUCUGCAGCCUUUCAUAUCUCGCUAAAUAAAUAUUAUCAUUUUCCA